CUGAAUAAUACGCCAUGUUGAGCGUCCAUUGCUGCUGCCGCAAGAGCGGGACUGGCGCUCGCAUGGCUGCUAGCCUUGGCCUGACUGUCAUCCACCGCUCGACGUCACCAUCAUCAUCAUCAUCAUCAUCGUCAGCAUCGUGCAGUCGCAGCAUGUCCUCGUCGUCCAAGCCAGACAAGCAAGUCCUCUCGCCGGAAGCGCUCAACCGCUCUGCCGCAUUGGCCGCAGCGCAACUCGUGGCCAGCGCCGCGGGCAGCGCCUUCGUGCGCCCACUUCGCAAGCCCAUCGCGCUUGAUCAGCGUAGUGCUGCUGUUGCUGCUGGAAGCGAAAACUCGACGCGCGCUUGGCUGGCUGCGAGAUCCGCGCGCAUGGCUCGCACUCAGGCCGAGAACGCAACGUCCACUCCCGCUGCCGCCGAUGCCACUGCUGCUGCUGCUGCUGCUGCCACUGCUGCUGUUGGACAGAGCGCAGCAUUCUCAGUGAGUAAUGGACUGCGUGGCCGCCGUGCAGUCAAGCGAAACCUUGUGUCGACGCUCUUCGCGCCGCUCUUCGCUCCGUUGGGCGCCGAUGCCAAGACUCUCAGUCAUCGGUACCUCACGUACGCCGGUUUGAUGGUGCAACAUGCCGCGGGCAUCUAUGCGCUCACACCAGUCGGACUGCGAGCGCUUGAGAACGUCACACGCAUCAUUUGCGAAGAAUUAGAACUUGUCGGUGCGCAACGCACUGCUCUGCCGAUGCUCAUGACCAAAGAGCUGUGGGAUAAGACAGGCCGAUGGACCAGCUCGGGUCAGGAGGUUUUCCGGUUGCAGGAUCGCAAGGGCCGUGACAUGCUUCUCGGACCGACGCACGAAGAAGCGGUUUGCGAACUGGCUGCCACAAAACCACUUGGCCGAGGACAAUUCCCGCUCAUGCUGUACCAACUCGAUCGCAAGUUCCGCGACGAGGCUCGGCCUCGGCAUGGUCUGAUGCGCGGGCGAGAGUUUUGGAUGAAAGACUUGUACACGUUCGAUGUUGAUAUUGAGCAUGCGGCCAAGACGUACGAUACGAUUUGCGGUGUCUAUGGUCGAAUUUUUGACCGCCUCGGCUUGGACUAUGUGCGCGCCGAAGCUGACACGGGCAACAUUGGCGGCGUGCGGUCGCAUGAAUUCCAUGUCAUCUCUCCUGCGGGCGAAGACACUCUGCUUGUCUGCUCGAGCUGCAACCACGCCAUGAACGAGGAGAAGGCUGUUGCCCAAGUUGCGCCGUUGCCCAGCAACCUCGCCGUGCGCCCUGCGCUUUCUGGCGCGGAGGUGGAUGUUGCAGAGCAACACGCAUUGAUGCAUGCCGACAAGUUGGCACAAGCUCUGGGAGUUCAAGUCGCCGUGGGCCAAGUAGACCAACACAUUGCCGCAAACACUUUUGUCCGUAUCUCAGGCUCCCAGCUUGAAGACGCCACUGGCCAGCUCGUGGACGACUUUGUCAUUCUGCUGCAUCGACAUGACCGAAAGCUCAACCACUUGAAGACACAACGCGCGCUCAAUCAAGCCCGCCUCCAUCGGCUUGAUUGGUCUAAACUGUGCACUGUGAUUGAAAACGCGAGUGUGCAACGGCGCGUUCGAAUUCUUCUCGACAACACCCUCACUGCGUCGUUGCCACCGAAUCUCGAGUCGCCAGUCCUUCAGGCAUUCAAGCAGCACCUGAGCGUUCCAGAUGGCGUUGUCAAGUGUGACAUCUCCGAGGUUGAGGCAGGAGACUUGUGCCGCACAUGCCUUACCGACCACGGUCGAAUGGCGCCAUUGGUGACCAAACUUGGCAUGGAGGUGGGACAUGCGUUCUUGCUCGGCCAAAAGUACUCGCAACCUCUGGGCGUCACAUUCACCAACGCUGCCAACAAGCGCGUUACCACGGAGAUGGGCUGUUACGGACUUGGUGUCUCUCGCAUUCUGGCUGCCCUCGUCGAAACCCAGCUGCACAACGCGCAAACGACGAUCGCACAAUCCCCAGCCGCCUCUACAACUGCGCCUGCUGGGGCUGCUGCUGCUGCUACGCCGAAGCACCAACAGCAAACAGAUCUCCUGACCCUCGUACGAUGGCCAAUUGAGGUCGCGCCUUUCGCGGUUUGCUUCUCCUUUGGCGGCUUGGGCUUGAGUGAUGAGACUCGCGAUAAGUGGCAAAAGGUUGCUCUCGCGCUUCAUGACACAAUUGUCCGCCAAGGCAUCCUCCCCGUCAACGCCAUGUUGAUUGACGAUCGUCUCGGGGCCAGUGCCCGCGAGCAGGCGCGUGUGAGCGAUGUGCUCGGCGUUCCAAUCAACAUCACCAUCGACGCGGCUCAGCUCGAUGCGCUGGCGUUGGACCCGACGUCGGGAGCACCCAGCCUCGAGCAGCUGGGCAAUGUCCGAUUUUCGCUAACGCAUCGAACUUUGCUUGCUCCUCGUGCUGCCGAAUCUCAAUCGCUGACGGCGCUCGAGCUUUUGCAAGUACUUCAAAAACUCGUGGAAAGUACCCCUCCUCGAGUGAGCCAGGCAAGCCCUAUCGUGUAGUGUAGUCUUUGCACAAUUUUGUGUGUUUGAUACAGUAUGUACAACUACCUCUCUUCCCAGAGUCAGGGAACCAAGUAAACUCUGCGAGACACCGCUUUUACAACAAAAUUUAUCAUUCCAC